GCCGCAUCUCCACUCCACUGAUCCACUCCGUUCCGGCCAUGGGUGCCUUGGCCAAGAAAAUCUUGGGUUGGUUUCCCUGCGUUCGCAAUUGCGUCGCAAGUGCUGCCUUGGGCCACGACGACGACGACGAGGAGGACCGCAUCAGCGCCCUCCCCGACGACCUCCUCCGCAGCAUCAUCUCGCUCCUCCCCGUCAAGGACGCCGCCCGAACCGCGACCUUGGCUUGCAGGUGGCGCCAUCUCUGGCGCUCGACCCCGCUCUUCCUCAACGACAAGGACCUACUUCCCUCCGAGGUCACCCGCGUCCUCGCCGACCACCCGGGCCCCUUCAGCACGGUAGAAAUCAUCCGCUGCAGGUUCGCUUCCCACGAGCGUGCGCUCGCGGAGUGGGCUCGCCUACUCGCCUCCAAGGGCGUCCAGGACCUCGUCCUCGCCAACGGCAUCGACCAACUCACCGUGGACGACCGCGUCCGGCCCCCCGUGGACAUCCUCCGCUGCGCCUCGCUCCAGCGACUCUUCCUUGGUUUCUGCACGUUCCCUGACACCGCCGGCCUUCCCCGCGGCGCCGACAUCUUUCCCCACCUCCACGACCUCGGCAUGUGCAUGAUCACCAUCAGCGACUGGGAUCUCGACUACAUUCUCGCCUGCUGUCCGGUUCUGAACCAGUUCGCCUUCGGACACAAUACCCUGCCCAAUCUUCUCCACCUCCGCGGCAAAAAACAACUCCAGUGCGUCACCCUCUGGAAUUCCACGGCGGAAGAGGUUGCCGUGGUGGACGCCCCGCUCCUGGAGCGGCUCUUCUUGCUGGUUGAGCCUUGUGGAUGUGAUGGGAGUACUGUGAUGCUCAAGAUUGCUUCUGCACCUACCCUGCGGGUGCUCGGCUACUUGGAGCCAAGAUUUCACAGCUUGCAGAUAGGUGAAAAUGUGAUCAAGCCUGGCACGAUGCCGACCCCAACCACAGUGGUUCCAGGCAUCAAAAUAUUGGCCUUUAAGGUCAAUUUUGGUGUCCUGCAGGAGGUUGAGAUGCUGGUGACCUACCUCAGAUGCUUUCCCAACAUUGAAACACUGCACAUCGAGUCUUUAACUGAACCCACCGGAAGGAACCAUGCGGAGUUCUGGCAGGAGAUCACUACUGUUGAAUGCAUCAAGUCACAUGUCAAGAAGAUGGUUGUCCAUGAAUAUAGAGGGGAUCAAAGCGAACUUGAAUUCCUCAAGUUCAUCUUCACAAGUGCGCAGGAGCUGCGGACUCUCUAUGCUCUGGCAGAUGAUGAAACCUUCACUACGCUGGCCAACACUACUGACAUGACAAGCAAAUUGGGGACUCUCUCACUUCUAGCAUGGCGGCGUGACUGUAAGGUGAUGCUGCUAGGCCCUAAUUCUCGGAAUGAGCUGAGCAUCCAGAAAGCAUCUGAUCUUACUGUCGACGACCCUUUUCACUGGUGAACCUGAGGCCGUCUAUAUAUUGGCAUGAUCCAAAGC